CCUCGGCACGAGAUCAGGAUAUGUACGUGGACUAGGACACGAGGGAAAGCUUAUGGCACCCCUCGAUCUGGCCCUAAUUGUGCUGCAGUGGAGGAGAGUGCUAGAUUGAGUGCUGAGGUAGCAGAGAAAGAUAAUCAACGGUUCCAAGCUGCAAUCGACGAGCUUAGAGAGGAGAUGAGGGAAAUGAACAGUACGGUAGAAGAGCUACAAACGCAGCAGGCGAGGUGGAUCGAGGAGCUCGAGAUGUUUCAGAAUCUUCUUGUGAGCUUUCAGAUUCCUGGAAACCGUCCACCUCCUGGUAACUCUCUCUCUCUCUCUCUCGUAACAGUUUUUUUUCAGUAUGAUUCUGUUUUCUCUUUAUAUUCUUCUUUAUCUGCUAGACAUGAUUGGACUUAUGAAUGGCGAGAAUAAUAAGUUCAGCUCAUUUUUUUUGGUUUCUUUGAUCAUGACAGGAGAUUAUGAAAUUUCAGAUAAUGGGCAGGGCAUACAAUUUUAACAUAAUCAGUUAUACAUACAGUUCAAAUAUAAUUGUUGUUGUUUUGGUUUGACUUGUUCUGUUUCAAUUGAAGUGGAAAAUAAGUAUAUUCUCUUGAAGCAGUGUAAGAAUUGACAAGAGAAAUUCAAACGUCUAAAAAGAAUAGACUUUCUAGUACUGUAAUCUCAAGUUGAUUCAAUUUUUUUUUCAUUUCUUCACAUGAUACCUACUGAAGACACCUCUGGCUUAGGUCUCAUUACUGAUUAUUUUUUGUUGAUUCAUGGUCUCAUUCACAGACCUUUUGUUCUUUCAUUAUACUGAAGACUAUAAAAAUAUGCAUUUUGUUGUUUUGUCAAUAAUUUCGUAAGUUAUAUUAUUUGUUAUAUGUGUCUUUUCUCAUCAUGGUACAGAAAGCUUUUCUGAAGCCCAAAUUUCGAAGUAGAUGUGAAUUUUGUCUAAGAGUGCCAUGGCUUAUGGGAAUUCUAGAUCCGUAAGGGCUGCUUGUACAAUGAGACC